AGCAGAUCAUCAUAUCUUCGGAAAGAAAAAAGUAGAGCACUAUAAAGUAUACACAUAUAUGUAACCAUCAGUUUUUUUCUACAGGUGAAGUCAAUUGAUAGAUGCAUGGCAGCCAAUACACCAAGAACUAGCUCACCGGGAGGAAGGCAGGCAUACAUGGACAAGCGUCUCCUGGAAGCAGCCACCACUGGUGAUUCCACAUCAAUGAAGCAGUUGGCUGCGCAGAAUCCAAGCAUUCUACUUGGAACAACUCCACAGGGGAACAACUGCCUCCACAUAGCCUCCAUCCAUGAUCACCGGGGCUUCUGCGAGGACGUCCUGGAACAGGAGAAGCCUCUCCUAUCAAAUGUCAAUUAUGAGUCUCUCCUCGCAAAGGUCAAUUUUGAGGGGGAGACUCCACUUAUCACAGCCGUUACACUUGGCCAUGUUUCACUGGCUUCUUUUUUACUAGGAUGCUGCCAUCAGCUAGAAUUGAGGCAGGCAAUCUUGAAACAAGAUAUGUAUGGAUUCAAUGCACUGCACCAUGCCAUUCGCAACGGCCACAAGGAUCUUGCGCUGGAGUUGAUAGCAAAAGAGCCUGCACUGUCGCAAGCAAUGACCAAUUUCAAUGAGUCGCCCAUGUUUAUCGCCGUGAUGAGAAAUUUUCAGCAAGUUUUCCGGAAGCUACUGGAAAUUCCUUAUUCUUCUCAUGGGGGAAAGAAUAGCUGCAAUGCUCUGCAUGCUGCAGCUGGAAAUGGAAAUGAAGACGUUGCUAAAGAAAUUAUGGAGAAACGACCUGCGUUAGCCAGAGAGGCUGCCAAGGAUGGGAAUACUCCAACAAUGCUGGCUGUGAUUUAUGCCAAGGUUGCCGUACUGCGAGUAUUGCUGGAACAUGAUUCUUCUUUAGGAUACGAAAUAAGCAAACAAGGUUAUCCGCUCCUUUGCGCUGCCGCAGAUAGAGGUCAUGUUGAUGUUGCCCAAGUGCUUCUUAAGCAUUGUCCAGAUGCUCUUUAUCACAAUACAAGUGGAGAGAUUUGUACAUGCCUUCAUCAUGCUGUACGGGGAGGUCACAUGAAAUUUGUUAAAUUCAUCCUCAAGAAAAAACAACUCCAAAAGGUUGUUAAUAUGCAAGACAGCAGUGGAAAAACCGCUCUACAUUAUGCAGUCCAGAAGUGCAAUCCCAAGAUGGUUGCUGCUUUACUGUCCCACAAGGAUAUAGACAGGACAGUGAUUGACAAUUUUUCUGGUUCAGCAGUCCAGGAGCUGUCGAGCAACAUGCGUGCUGUCAAGACUUUGAACUGGAAUGAAGUAAUCAUGCGUAUGUCGGAAGCUGAUCCACAUCAUGCUACCGCUUCUCAUUACCUCGCGGAAGCCAAGCAACUGGCAAUUUAUGAAUCAAGGAAGAAUGUGAAGUCACUAACUAAAACGGACACAACCAACACCUCAUUAGUGGCGGUCCUCAUUACAACAAUCACCUUUGCCGCUGCUUUCACUCUGCCUGGAGGAUACAGCAGUGCUCCUGAAAGCGAGGGGCUUCCUGUCAUGUCUCGGAAGGUUGCAUUUAUAGCAUUCUUGAUCUCUGACACCUUAGCAAUGUGCUUAUCAUUUUGUGUGGCCUUCAUAUGCAUCAUUGCAAGGUGGGAAGAUUACGAGAUCUUGAUCAAUUACAGAUACUUCACUAAGAAGCUCCUGUGGUUUGCAUACGCAGCAACAACUACGGCUUUUUCAACUGGUUUAUACACGGUGUUGGCUCCACGUCUCCACUGGCUGGCCAUUGCAAUUUGUGUUAUGUCAGCUGUGUUGCCCAUUGUCACUAAGCUGCUAGGAAAAUGGCCUAUUUGGUGGCUCAAAAUUAGGCUGGGUAAAAAAUACAAGCAUGAUCUUCUUAGCAUAGUUUGACCUCAUCAGUUUGUAUUAUGGUUAUGCUUUCUCAAUAGUACAUCUGAAUCUGUAAUAAAUAUUAUCGCACUACCAAACUUGUGAUGAAGUGCUUCCUUCAUUUAAGAGACUAAGCCAAGAGUAAGCUUCAUACAUUGCAUCAAACCUUGAUAAGAUUUUGCAAAGCUUGGCCUUGAACAGAUCUAUUUCUUCUGGGGUUUGUGGAAGUUGUGUGAAACGGCUACAGUGGGACUAGUACCAGCUGGCCAUGAUAAUCGCACGUAUUCUUAAAAGGUUUUUAGAAGUUCAAACCUAGAGUGUUGUGUCAUAAUGCAACUAAAAACCGCAUGAGUAUGGCACAGUAAUCUUUAGGACGCCUAAAAGCUAUAAACAUGUGAUGUGCUGAGGCAGAUCUUCAGGAACAAGCUAUAAGGACACCUAUAAGGCCAUCAAACUAUACAUAUGUUUCUGGAUUGUUGGCUUAAUAAAUACUCCCUCCAUUCACAAAUAUAAGAUGUUUUUGAUAUUUCAAUAUGGACUAUAUACAGACUGAACUGAGUGAACAAACACACUACAACAUGUCUAUAACUCUAUAUACAUCCGAUUCAGAAAAAGUUGAAACAUCUUAUAUUUAUGAACAGAGGAAGUAGCAGUUUAAUAGCAUGUACUAAAAACAUAUCAUUUCCCUAUACAGAAGAUUCAAA